UUGAAGUAUAUUUAUUUAUAAAAUAAAAAUUGAUAUUUAAAAAAUAAACUUAAUACCAUAUACUUGUGGACUCCCCUUCCCAAAAGCCCCUUGUUCUGUGAAGCUGUUUGAAAACCACUGAUUGAACCCUGGACAUAUUCAGAUCCAUGGGGUAAGGCAGAGUGGAUGAUUGGUGCACAUGGCAUUGCAGUUGGCUGCCCUCCAAAUAUUAGACUGAUUAUCUGAACCUGAAGCAGCUGGGCUGACUGUUCAUUUGCUUUUCUAAGAUAACAGUACUUUGCAGCAUGGCUGGCCUUCUCAACUGCCCCAUAGCCCUGUAGGGCAGGAAGAAGGAAGGCUGAGCAUAAAAUGAAAUCUAUGACAGAGCCAACCAAAAUUGAGUUCCUCAUUGAAGGCAGAGUGGAAGAUGGCCAACAUUCCUGUGUGUUUCUAGAGAGGGAGGCUUACCUCUUACACUUAGUCCCCAGACCAAGUAGUUAGGGUGGCAUUAAAGGCAUGAAGAAUGUUGACUGGGAGGUGGUCCAGCCAUAUCUUGCAACAGGUCAGCCCAUGGGCUACAAGUAAACCUGGAAUUGAUGCUACCUCUUUUGCUAACUAUCAACUCAUAUUGCUUUUGUUUUGUUCUGGUUCUAGUUUCUUAACAUCCCUAGAAGAUUUAGAUUGGCUGCAACUCAAUCCAACUUUCUCCCAGGUUUCUGAAAUGGCACUGAAUGUGACCAUUUCGACACUGGCAUUUCUGGAGCAACGUGGAGUAGCAGUCACUGAGUCAGGAGCCCACCUGUCCCUGCAGAACAUGGUGUGGGAUCCACAGAAAGUCCAAUCUGAUCUCAAGUCCCAGUUUGGUUUUGAUGAUCUUCACACAGAACGAAUCCUGAAUUACUCAGCUGGACUGAAGGAGUUUCCCACAGACAGCUCAUUAGGGAGGAUGGUGUGCUCAGUCUUGUCCAGCACAUUGGAGGAUGACGCUGAGAGAGAGGGCCACCGUGGAGACUGUCACCCCAACUGGUCAGAAGCCAAAAACUAUCUCGUCCAUGCAGUCAGCUGGCCGCAAGUCUACAAACAGGUGUUUAAUCAGUGGCAACAGGGUAGCCUGUUUCAGAAGAUACUCACGGGCAUGGUCCACAGUCUGGAGGCUCUCAGGGGUCGGCUUGAAGAAGAGGGCAAGCCGUGGAAGGUGGUGGAAGCUUUGCACACUGGGCUGCUCCUCUUGAAUGAUAGCUUGGCAGCAGAUGGCCCGAGAGACAAUCUUACAUCUCCAAAGAUAUUAUGGCAUCUGCAGAAAUUGCAGAGCGUGCUGCAAAACCUGCCCCCGUGGCCGGCUCUGAAGAGAUUGCUUCAACUUGAUGGAGCUCUCAGGAAUUCAAUAGCCCAGAAUUUACAUUUUGUCCAAGAAAUCCUCAUUCGCCUGGAGACAUUAGCUAAUGAUUUUAAAUCAGCUGGACUUGACCAAUUGAAACUGGAAAAGGAUGUGUUCUUUUGGGAGUUAAAGCAGAUGUUGAUGAAGAAUGUUACUACUCUCUGCCCGGAUGAACGCUUGUCUGAGCAGGAGGCCCUCCGACCCCCUGGAAACUCCAGCAUCUGGGGUGGCCUGCAGGGACUGUUAUGCCAUCAUAAUUCCUCCAAUGAGACCAGUGUUUUAAGCAAACUGUUGGGUUCAGUAGAGGAUGCUGAUCAUAUUCUGCAAGAGGUAAUUACUGGGUACACAAAUAUGCCAGUUUUAAUACCUGAAGGAUAUUUGGACUGGCAGGAACUUGGGACACAGCUGUGGGAAGCAAGCUUCUCCUGUACUCAGCUUUUCCGGCUGCUGGGAGCUGAAGCUUCACCUGGGAAUGAUGUCUUUUCUGAUGGCUGUAAGCACCAGCUUGUCUCCACAGUUAUAUUUCAUUCACUUGAGAAAGCACAAUUUUCCCUGGAACAAACAUAUUACUGGAAAGCCUUCGCAGACUUUAUCAGGAAGACUUGUGAAGUGGCUCGGUACGUGAAUAUGCAAGGCACUUUCCAGAACAGUCUGUCCGCUUUCUCUGAGGAAUCUCCUUGUUAUGAAGAAAACAUGGAUUGGACAACCAUCAGUGAUAAUUAUGUUGCAUUUUUCUAUAAGUUACUCAAGUCUCCAGUAGCUUCCAUAUCCAGGGCCUUAAAUUUCACCAAGCACCUUAUAAUGAUGGAAAAGGAAUUGCAUACCUUUGAGGAUGAACAGAUAAACUUUCUUUUAUCAUUUGUGGAAUUUUUUGGCAAAUUAUUAUGGCCUAAUCCUUUUGACUCAUCCCGUGUUCCCAAAUUCCAUAACCUCCCAUUUCUCACUGAGAAUAUUACCAAUACAAGUAUUUUGUGGAUAAAUCAUUUAAAAAGUUUAGAGAGAAAUCCAUCUGUCACUGAUAUCACUGAUACUCAGAAACUUUUGGAAUUUAUCAAAGAAGUGAUUGAAAAAAUGCAAACUCUUGAAAGUCACUGGAUAAGAAAGGAAUCAAGAAAUAUUUUGAGAUUUAUGGAAUUAAUCCUUUUUGAAAUUAAUCCCAAGUUACUAGAAUUAUGGCUAUACGGAAUUUCAGAAGGCGAAAGAGCUAAAUUGGAAAACUUCUCUGCAAUUUUAAAUUUUUCUGCUCCUAAAAAUGAGAUUCUUAGUAAAAAUUUUAACUUUUCCCACUUGUUCCAUUCAAAUUGGCCUAUAUCACCAGCUAUGAACAUGGAUUUCGUACAUUUAAGUGAAACUAUAGUAAAUAGUCUCUAUGAAUUUGGGUUUCUGAGGCAGGAACAAGUCUCAGAAGCUCUGGACACAGUCUAUGCUAUAAGGAAUGUAUCUUAUCUUUUCUCAGCCCUUCCUGAACCUCAAAAACAAGAAGUUGAUAAAAUUUUGACUCAUAUAUACCUAAAUGUCUUCAAAGACAAGAAUUCAGCUUUACUUCUGCAAAUGUAUUCUUCAUUUUACCAAUAUAUUUAUGAAUUCUUGAGCAUUCAGAGUAGAGGGUCUUUGCUAACUUUCCUUACACAAAUCUCAAAACGCAUUUUGGAUAUCUUAAAGCAAUUUCAUUUCCAAAACAUCAGUAAAGCAUUUGCAUUUUUAUCUGAGACGGCAGAGUUUCUUGGGGGAAUUUCUAAUGUAUCUUAUUGUCAGCAAUUGCUUUCAAUUUUUAACUUUUUGGAGCUUCAAGCCCAAUCCCUGAUGUCUACAGAGGACCAAGAAUUGGAAAUGAUCCAUGCUACUUUGACAGGCCUCAAACAGCUGCUCACAGUAGAUGAAGAUUUUCGCAUUUCUUUAUUUCAAUGUAUGAGCCAACUCUUCAAUGGUUCAGUAGAAGCCCUGUUGGAUAAUGAAUGCUUUGUUUUGGAUAAUAAACACAUUUCUUCUGUGAAUUAUUCAACAGAUGAGGGGUCUUCAUUUAUUCUUCCAUGGGCACAAAUUUUUUCAAACCUCUCAGCAAAUGUCAGUGUUUUUGAUGAGUUUAUGGCUGUUCACUGUACUGUUUCAUGGCUUCAAAUGUGGACUGAAAUCUGUGGAAGCAUAUCUCAAAUAUUUAAGUUUGACAUGAAUCUUUUUACUUCUCUUCAUGUUGGUCUCACUCAGCUUUUGGAUGAAUUUGAAAAUGUUGUGAAAAUUUCUAAAAGCUGCCAGGGAAUAUUUGCUACUCAUCAUAUUGCCAGACUCAUAUUAAAUUUAUUUAAAAAUGUAACUCAAACUGAUGACUUCCAUGAUUGGGAUGAUUUCCUGGAUCUCAGGGAUCUUUUGGUAGCAUUAGGCAAUACACUAGUUACAAUAAAAUCACUUAACCUGGACCAGGUGGAGAAAUCCCUUUUCACCGUGGAAACUGCCCUGGAUCAGCUGAAGACAUUUCCAUUAAACACAAAUACAAGCAGAGAGUUUUUAUAUUCUCUGCUUGAAGUUUUCACUGAGUUCAGCCGUACCUCAGAAUAUAUAGGUAGAAAUGUAGAUCUGAUAAAUCAGUUUCUUUCAAAUAAUUUCACAAAUUAUGGGGUAAAAUUUGAGAGUGUCAUCACUGAGCUAAGAGAAACAAUAUUGUUUCUUAGAAAUGUGUCACAUGAUCGAGAUUUAUUGUCCUGCAUUGAUGUUUUCCAAAAUGUUACUGACUUGGUUUUAGAAAAUGGCUUAUUGCAUGUAAAUACCUCACAGAGGACAUUGCGUAUUCUGACCAUGUUAAAUUCCACAUUUUCUUCUGAGAACACAAUUAGCAGGUUGAAAGGAUGCACUGCAUGGGUAGACAUCAUAAACCAUCUCUAUGUGAUGUAUAACUCAAGUUUUUCACAAGGCCAUCUUCAAAGUAUUUUAGGGAGUUUCAGAGAUAAGGAAAAAAUGAACUCUAUAUUGAAAAUUGUAACUUCAAUAUUAAAUAUAAAGGGACCUCUUUGUUCCUUGAAUGAGUCAAAUAUAAAUUGUGUAAAUAUUUACCUGAAAGAUGUAACCGACUUCCUAAAUAUUAUACUUACGACAGUCUUUGAGAAAGAGAAGGUACCAAAAUUUGAGAUUUUAUUAGCUCUUUUAAAUGAUUCCUCAACACAAGUAAAGAUGAUUAUCAACAACUUAACAAGAGACUUUGAUAUUGCAUCUCAAUCCAACUGGAAACAUUUUACUGAAUUAAUUCUAAGACCCACGGAAAUGUCAGAUGACAUUUCUAACCAGUUUCAAAAUAUUUGGCUGCAUUUAGUAGAACUGGGGAAGGAAUUUCAGAAAUUUAUGAAAGCUAUUUCCUCUAACAUCCUGGAAAAUAAUUCUUCUUCUAAAACUGAAAAGUUUUUUAGUAUAGUUGCCACCAGUCCAAAGGAAAAGUAUGUAAGGAGUUUGGGCGAUUCCAUUUACCAUUUAGCUAGUUACUUUGCCCUCAACUUAUCUCGGGAUCUCCAAAAUUCACCAAAAGUAAUUUCACAUGAAAUAAGGAAAGGUGUGGGUCUUGGUAUUCAACUGAUGAGGGAUGUGUUCAACUCCUUAAUGCCUGUAGUUCAUUACAAUAUUCCACAAAAUACAAGUCAUAUUCAAGUUUUGAAGAAAGUAACUUCUCUCAUGCGUACUCUCAAGAAGACAGACAUAGACCUGUUCGUAGAUCAGCUUGAACAAGUGAGUGCAAACCUAGUGGAUUUCUUUAAGAAUAUCAGUAGAGCAGGAACUGGCAAUUUGGGGGUCGACUUGUUUGUUGGCUUGAUGGAAAAGUUUGUAGAGAGUUCACAUUCUUGGAACGUAAAUCGUCUGCUGCAGCUCUCACGCCUGUUUCCUAAAGGUGUUGUGGAUGCCGUGCUGGGUGUGUACUAUGCACUUCCUCACGCCGUAAGGCUCCUGCAGAGAGUGGCUGAUAAAAAUGUCACCGAGGGCCUCAAGGAUGUCUAUGACUUCACGCUGCUUCAUGGCAUAAGCAUUUCAAACAUCACCAAAGAAGACUUUGCUGUUGUGAUAAAAACCCUUUUGGAUACAAUUGAACUAAUGUCAGAUAAACCAGGUAUUGUUUCAGAGGUUUUAACUUGCCUUCCUGUGAUUUGGUGCUGGAAUCAUACAGCUUCUGGAUUUCAGCAGAAUCCAACGUUAGAAGCCUGUAAUGUCCAAGGGACUUCUUCUCUUUAUAGCAAAGUGGCCAGUGUACUUGACCACCUUCACCUGUCUCCCCGAGGUGCUGAUUCACAGUGUUCAGAUGAGAGCUCCCGAGGGGAAAUAACUAGGCAAGCGGUCUGUGCAAUUCAUGAAUUGGUGGAGUGGAAUGCCAUUCUCCUAGAUCUGUCUGAAACUUCACUUAUGAAAACUGUGCAAGAAUUUUGGGAUAAAGUAUUACCAUUUGUCCCACCUUCUGAAAAGAACAGCAUCUCUGAACUUUGUCCUGGUAGUCCCAUAAAGCAAGUUGCUUUGCAAAUCAUAGAAAAACUAAAAAUUGUCAACUUUACAAAAAUUACAUCAGGUGAAAAUAUUCUUGACAAACUAGCUAGUUUAAACAAGAUCCUUAACAUUAAUGAAGGCACAGAGCCAUCUGUUCAGAAUAAUAUUUCCUUAAAUUUGGAAAAUAUAAUAAAAUUGAUGUCUGAGGAUUGGAGUCUAGAAAAUAGUACUCAUUAUCUACUCUCUUCAUUCAUGAUGCUUCUGAAUGGAAAUCUUACAGGUAGGAGUUUAGAAGCAUUAUCAAAUUUUAUUGAAAAAAGUGAAGCAACUUACAACUUUGAAGAACUGUGGCUUGAGUUUGAACAAACUGUGAAACACCUGAAAAACUUAACCCAUGACUUUAGUGUCAGGCACCUGUUCUCUGAAAUGAACAAAGCAAUCCAAAGUAUAAAUUCAGUGGCUCUUCAAAACAUAACUUUGCAACUUGCCCAUUUUCUGGAAAUCUUGGAUUCAUCAUCAAUAAACACAUUAGAAAUAAUUGAAGAUUUUCUAUUAGUCACAAAAAACUGGCUUCAUGAAUAUGCAAAUGAAGAUUACUCCAGAAUGAUACAAACAUUAUUUAUUCUUAUGGCUAAUAAGACUUCAACUGAUGAUAUAGAUUUGUUGACUAAAGAUAUUAUUACCUUUUUUGGCUCCCUAAAAAAUGUUUCUAGAGAAGGUAAUUUUGAUGUUGCCUUUCUUACUCAUCUGCUAAAUCAAGAACAGCUAACUGAUUUCUCAGCUGUUCAGUUGCUUUUUGAAAGCCUUCUAAUUAAUUCAAUCAAUAACUUAGCUGGGAGUUCUCAAGAAGCAGCUCCAAAUUUAAGUGAUCCUGACCUUCAAAUAGUGAAUUUCAUUAACCUCACCUUGAACCACAUACAGUCAGAAGCUGGUGGGAAAAUAAUUCUCCCUCCAAGAAGCAUUGAGGAUUUCAUAGAACAGCUUUUGAAAACAUUCUUCUCCCUUUUACUAAAGGAAAAUUCUGAGAACAAAAUAUCUCUUCUGCUAAAAGAUUUCCACAAAGACAUUAUUGCAGAAAUAAGUGUUGUUGAGAUGUGUCAAGUUUCCUGGCAUCCUGUGAAGCCUCCAGCAGCCAUCGAGAUGCUGCAGAAAGUGAAGAUGAUGGUUUUGCGUGUGCUCAUCAUCUUUGCAGAAAACCCUUCCUUGAUCAAGGACAUUUUGUGUGCUACUCUGCGUUGCAAGCAAGGUGGGAUAAGCCAUCUCAUCUCCUCUGCUAUACGAAGUGUCACUUUGGUACACGACCACUAUCAGGAAAUUGAAACAAUAUGGUCCUCGCCCAGUCAACAAAAUUGUGAAAGUCUUAGCAGGAAUCUCUCUAACAUCCUGGAAAACUUCAAGAGCAGCUUGGAAAAUGCCGCCAACCAGGACUGUGCAUGCCAGCCCGGGCUGGAAACCCUGCAGCGGCACAUGCACACGUUGGCCAAAAGCCUCGAGGAUUCUUGGUCAUCAGAGAGCCCCAUUACGACUUUUCUUAGUGAUUUCAUAGUCACUGAGGAUGUGAAAGUAAAGGAUUUGAUGAAGAACAUCACCAAGUUGACUGAGGAGCUUCGAUCUUCCAUUAACAUCUCACAUGAAACUAUCCACAGUGUUUUGGAAGCAAACAUUUCCCACUCCAAGGUUCUCUCCGGUGCCCUCACCCUCGCUCUGUCCGGAAAGUGUGACCGGGAAAUCCUUCGUCUCCUGCUGACGUUUCCUGAGGAUGAAAAGUCCUGGCUCGCGACAGAGGAGCUCUGUGCUUUGCCGGGGUCGAAAGUGUUUUCUCUGAUCGUGCUGAUGAGUCGGAACCUGGACCUGCGGCCCUUCAUUUACAAGACUUUGAUACCUUCUGAAGCAAAUGGUUUGCUCAACUCCCUGUUGGAUGUGGUUUCCAGUCUCAGCUUGUUGCUUGCCAAAGGCCAGCACGUCUUUGAAUACCUUCCUGAAUUCCUUCGCACCCUUAAACUCACUGCCUUGCUGGAUAUGCCGGACUUUCAACAGGUUUCACAAAAUGUCCAGACCAGAAGUUCAGCCUUUGGUUCUUUCCAGUCUGUGAUAAAGAUGAUUUGCAAGGACCAUGCAUCGUUCCUGAGCAAUUCUAACAUGUUCAUUAAUUUGCCCAGAGUUAAUGAACUCUUGGAAGAUGACAAAGAAAAAUUCAACAUUCCUGAAGAUUCAACACCGUUUUGCUUAAAGCUUUAUCAGGAAAUUCUACAGUCUCCAAAUGGCGCUUUGGUGUGGUCCUUCCUGAAACCUGUAUUACACGGAAAAAUACUGUACACACCAAACACUCCGGAGAUUAACAAUGUCAUUCAAAAGGCAAAUUACACUUUUAAUUUUGUGGACAAACUAAAAACUUUAUCAGAAACACUGCUGAAAAUGUUCAGUUUUUUCCAGAGAAGUGGAAACAGGCAGAUGUUGAAGCAACUGCAGGAAACCCUGAGAAACAAAUUUGUAAGAAACUUUGUAGAAAGCCAGCUGCACAUUGAUGUAGACAAUCUUACUGAAAAACUCCAGACGUACGGAGGGAUGCUGGAUGCCAUGUUCAACCAUGCAGGGGCUGGACGCUUCCACUUCCUGGGCAGCAUCUUGGUCAGUCUCUCUUCCUGUGUAGCACUGGACCGUUUCCAGGCUGUGGAGUCUGUUGACAUCCUGGAGACUAAAGCACAGGAGCUCAUGCAGCAGAACAACUUCUUGGCCAGUGUCAUAUUCAACAGUUCCUUAUUAGGCAAGAACUUCAGAUCAGAGAGCCUCAAACUGCCGCCCCAUGUCACAUACACAAUCCGGACCAGUGUCUUAUACAGCAUGAGGACAGAUGUGGUAAAAAACCCUUCUUGGAAGUUCCAUCCUCAGAGUCUACCGGCCGAUGGGUUCAAAUAUAACUACGUCUUUGUCCCACUGCAAGACAUGAUCGAAAGAGCCAUCGUUUCGGCGCAGACGGGGCAGGAAGCUCCGGAACCCGCGGCACAGGCGCAGGCGAUGCCCUACCCCUGCCACACCAGCGACCUAUUCCUGAACAAUGUUGGUUUCUUUUUUCCACUGAUAAUGAUGCUGACUUGGAUGGUGUCUGUGGCCAGCAUGGUCCGAAAACUGGUUUAUGAGCGGGAGAUCCAGAUAGAAGAGUACAUGCGGAUGAUGGGCGUGCACCCAGCGAUCCAUUUCCUGGCCUGGUUUCUGGAGAACACGGCUGCGCUGACCAUAAGCAGUGCCGCUCUGGCCACCAUUCUGAAAAUAAGUGGCAUCUUUGCGCACAGCAACGCCUUUAUUGUUUUCCUCUUUCUCUUGGACUUUGGGGUGUCGGUCGUCAUGCUGAGUUACUUCUUGAGUGCAUUUUUCAGCCAAGCCAAUACCGCGGCCCUUUGUACCAGCCUGGCGUACAUGAUCAGCUUUCUGCCCUACAUAGUUCUGCUGGUCCUACAUAACCAAUUAAGUUUUGUCAUUCAGACAUUUCUGUGUUUCCUCUCAACAACUGCCUUUGGACAAGGAGUAUUUUUCAUUACAUUCUUGGAAGGACAAGAGGCAGGGAUUCAGUGGAAUAAUAUGUACCAGGCUCCAGAACAAGGGGGCAUGACAUUUGGCUGGGUUUGCUGGAUGAUUCUGUUUGAUUCAAGCCUUUAUUUUCUGUGUGGAUGGUACUUCAGCAACUUGAUUCCUGGAACUUUCGGUUUAAGGAAGCCAUGGUAUUUCCCCUUCACCGCCUCGUACUGGAAGAGCAUGAGUGGCUUGCUGGAGAAGAGGCGGCAUUUUCUACGUUCCGGUCUGUUCCUCUUCAGUGAGAGCGUUGGGAACAAAGGGCCCUCACCGCCAGGCAGGGAAGCAGAGCUGGAAGCAGGUGCCCCAGGAGUGGCCCUGGUGUCCGUGACCAAGGAGUACGAGGGCCACCCGGCGGCCGUCCAGGACCUCACCCUCACCUUCCACAGAGACCAGAUCACCGCCCUGCUGGGGACCAACGGAGCCGGGAAAACCACCAUCAUAUCCAUGUUGACGGGGCUCUACCCUCCCACUUCUGGAACCAUCACCAUCAAUGGCAAGAACCUGCAGACAGACUUGUCGAAGGUCAGAAGGGAGCUGGGGGUGUGCCCACAGCAGGACAUCCUGCUGGACAACCUCACCGUCCGGGAACAUCUGCUACUGUUUGCUUCCAUAAAAGCGCCUCAGUGGACCAGGAAGGAGCUGCACCAGCAAGUCAAUAAAACUCUGCAGGACGUGGAGUUGACCCAGCACCAGCACAAACUGGCGCGGACGCUGUCCGGAGGCAUGAAGAGGAAGCUGUCCGUGGGCAUCGCUUUCAUGGGCACGUCGAGGACCGUGGUUCUGGACGAACCCACCAGUGGGGUGGACCCUUGCUCCCGCUGCAGCCUCUGGGACAUUCUGCUCAAGUACCGAGAAGGUCGCACGAUCAUCUUCACCACUCACCACCUGGAUGAAGCAGAAGUGCUCGGUGACCACGUGGCCAUCCUCCAGCAGGGCCGGCUCAGGUGCUAUGGUCCCCCAUCCUGCCUGAAGGAGGUGUAUGGCCGGGGAAUCAGCCUGACACUCACAAAGCAGCCUUCUGUUCUGGAGGCCCAUGAUCCAAAGGACGUGGCUCGCGUGACGUCCCUGAUACAGAUCUAUAUUCCACAAGCAUUUCUCAAAGACAGCAGUGGGAGUGAGCUGACCUACACCAUUCCCAAGGACGCAGACAAGACCUGCUUCAAAGGGCUCUUCCAGGCCCUGGAUCACAACCUCCAUCAUCUGCACCUGACGGGCUAUGGAAUCUCAGACACCACCUUAGAAGAGGUGUUUUUGAUGCUUUUGCAAGAUUCCAACAAGAAAUCUCACAUUGCCCCUGGGACCAAGUUAGAGCUGCAGAACCACAGGCCUGCAGGACAUCCUCCCAGAAGCUGUGACUCUCGGGCCAGGCCCCCGCCCAUGCGUGGCCGCCGGCUGCUGCGCGCACAGAUGGCCGCGCUCCUGGUGACCCGGCUGCGCCACACGCGCCGCGCCUGGAAAAGCACCCUCUGGCGCCUGCUGCUGCCCGUCCUCUUCGUGGCCCUGGCGAUGGGCUUGUUCCUGGUGCGGCCCCUGGCCACCCGCUACCCUCCGCUCAGACUGACCCCUGGCCACUACCAGCGGGCUGAAACUUACUUUUUCAGCAGUGAGAACGAUGACAUGGACCUCACCCAUGUGCUUCUGCGGAAAUUUAGAGAUCAGGAUCUGCUCUGUGCUGAUUUAAACACAGAUCUGAAGAAUUCUUCAUGCUGGCACAUGGAUCCUUUUUCUCACCUGGAAUUCCAGGAUUCCUGUGGCUGCCUGAAGUGCCCAAAUAGAAGUGCCAGGGCCCCCUACCUGACCAGCCGCCUGGGCCACACGCUGUUGAACCUCUCAGGCUUGGACGUGGAGGAGUACUUGCUGGUGCCCUCAGAAAAACCAAGGCUUGGAGGUUGGUCUUUUGGAGUGCGAAUCCCCAGUGAAGCUCGAGAUGCAAAUGCAAACGUAUCAGAUCCCAAACCUCUGGCAAAGGUGUGGUAUAAUCAGAAGGGUUUUCAUGCCCUCCCUUCCUACUUAAAUCAUCUAAACAACCUGAUCUUGUGGCGGCACUUACCCCCUGCUGUGGACUGGAGAAAAUACGGAAUAACACUCUAUAGCCACCCGUACGGAGGGGCCUUGCUGAACGAGGACAAGAUCCUGGAGAGCAUCCGCCAGUGUGGUGUUGCCCUCUGCAUUGUGCUGGGAUUCUCUAUCCUAACUGCAGCCAUCGGUAGCGCCGUGGUGCGGGACAGGGUGACCGGAGCCAAAAGGCUGCAGCACAUAAGUGGCCUUGGCCACAGGACGUACUGGUUCACUCACUUCCUGUAUGACAUGCUCUUUUACUUGGUUUCCGUCGGCCUGUGUGUCGCUGCUAUUGCCGCCUUCCAGCUAACAGCUUUUACUUUCCGUGAGAACUUGGCAGCCACAGCCCUCCUGCUGGCACUUUUUGGAUAUGCAACUCUUCCAUGGAUGUAUCUGCUGUCCAGAAUCUUCUCCAGCUCAGACGUGGCUUUCAUCUCCUACAUCUCAUUAAACUUCAUCUUUGGCCUCUGCACCAUGCUCAUGACCACCAUGCCCCGGCUGCUGGCCAUCAUCUCCAAAGCUAAGAAUUUACAGAACAUCUAUGGUGUCCUCAAGUGGGCAUUUACUAUUUUUCCUCAAUUCUGCCUGGGCCAAGGACUGAUAGAACUCUGUUAUAAUCAGAUCAAAUACGACCUGACACACAACUUCGGCAUUGAUUCCUACGUGAGUCCCUUUGAGAUGAAGUUCCUGGGCUGGAUCUUCGUAGAAUUGGCCUUUCAGGGCACAGUUCUUCUCCUUUUGAGGAUUCUGCUGCACUGGGAUCUUCUGCAGUGGUCAAGGCAUCGCUCUGCCCUCCAAGGCACAGUCAAAUCUUCUAAAGAUAGAGACGUUGAAAAAGAGAGAGUAAGAGUGUUUGAAGGAAGAACCAGUGGAGACAUUCUUGUGCUGUACAACCUUAGUAAAAGUUAUCAAAGCUUUUUCCAGAAGAUCACUGCUGUGCAAGAUAUUAGUCUGGGCAUACCAAAAAGAGAGUGCUUUGGGCUUCUCGGGGUGAAUGGGGCCGGGAAGAGCACGACCUUCAAGAUGCUGAGUGGGGAAGUGCCUCCCACGUGGGGACACGCUGUCGUCAGGACGCUCUCGGGAGGUGAGGUGGACCUGGCUUCUGCCGGCGCGGCGGGCGUGCUCAUUGGCUACUGUCCACAGCAGGAUGCUCUGGACGAGCUUCUGACCGGUUGGGAACAUCUUCAUUAUUACUGCAGCCUACGUGGGAUUCCAAAGCAGCACAUCCCUGAGGUUGCUGGAGACCUGGUGAGGCGCUUACACCUCCAAGCCCACGCGGAUAAGCCUGUGGCCACCUACAGCGGGGGAACCAAGCGGAAACUCUCCACAGCCCUGGCCCUGGUGGGGAAACCUGACAUUCUUUUGUUGGAUGAGCCAAGCUCUGGGAUGGAUCCCUGCUCUAAGCGGUACCUGUGGCAAACAAUAGUGAAGGAGGUUCGGGAAGGCUGUGCUGCAGUGCUGACCUCACACAGAAAUGAGGAUGGGAAUAAAAAGCACAUUUUUCUCUGCAAUAUACAAAAGCAUACACGAGGGAUGCCUUUCUGCAUGGAAGAGUGUGAGGCUCUUUGCACGAGACUGGCCAUAAUGGUCAAUGGCAGCUUUAAGUGUCUUGGUUCCCCUCAGCACAUUAAAAAUAGGUUUGGUGAUGGUUAUACAAUCAAAGUUUGGCUCUGCAAGGAAAUCAAUCAACAUAGCACUAUUUCUGACUGCCUGAAGCUCCAUUUCCCAGGAAUCCAGUUUAAGGGACAGCAUCUUAAUUUACUGGAAUAUCAUGUGCCAAAAAGAUGGGGAUGCUUAGCUGACUUGUUCAAAGUUCUGGAGAACAAUAAGACCUUCUUGAAUAUCAAGCAUUACUCCAUUAACCAAACCACUUUGGAACAGAUAUUUAUUAAUUUUGCUAAUGAGCAGCAGCAAACUCCACAGCCUACUCUUAUUCCAUCCGCUGAUUAUCAUCACCCACAUCACCUGCCCAUCUAAGCACUAAAAGAAGAAAUUUGCCUAAGGAGUAAAGGCUUGUCUUUACAAGUAAUAGUCAAGGAUCGAACCAGCAGGUGCACAGCUAAGGAGCUGGAAGACAUGCUCCUGGCAAUCAAAUUUCCUUCUCUCCUUCAUUUUCUAUUUUGAAACUCUUUGUUAAUUAAUAACCAGCAAACGAAAAGGUCCUUCCUCAGUGUAGACUGUCGGGGGAUUCCUCCAAUACGUAUACUUUUUGCCAUGCCAGAUGGAUACCAGCUUCUUUGUGACAGAGGCAUGAAUGACUUGACAGAGUCCAGACUGAGAGAUUUGGAGCUGGGGCGGCUGUCACAGGUCGCCCACUCCGAACAUCUCACUUCACUGUGGAGGAAACUAAGCGCUCCCUGCUGCCCCGCCCUGCUGCUCACGGUUGAAAAUCUUCCCUGACUUACUGUGUAGAAAGUCGUAUCAAGAACUGUUUUCUAUUUUUGUCAUCUUCUUUACUAGAUAUGCUUACAGAUUUUUUUUAAAAAAUUAAUGAUUUAAAUGCAAACUUUUCCUAAUACUAAAUGACAUUAUAUGGUAUGACAAAAAAUUGCCAAUUAUUUUUACAUAUAAGAGAUUUUUAAAAAAAUAAGAAUUAAAAAGGUUUUUUGUCAACUCUUUAGCAAAAUCAAAUUAAUUGAACUAGUUAUUCUGAACCAUUUAUAAAAAUUUUACCAGAAUCUCACAAAUUAUAAUUUUAUGUAAGUAUAGAAAAAAACAGAAUGUAAAUAUAUUUUAUUUGUCUUAAUUUGAUAGAAAAACUGCUGAUUUUUGUUAUUCUAAGCCAAUGGUUUUCAAAUUGUGGUGGUCCCCGUACUAGCCACAUUGUCAUCUCCUGGGAGCUUGUAAGAAAUGCAGAUUCUCAGGCUCUACCCCAGACCCAGUGAAUCUCAAACUCUGGGGCUUAACAAGCAUAUUCCCAUUUGAAAACCCAUGACCUAAGGAAAUGGCUAGUAACCUCCUAAUUAUACAAGCAAAAUCAGCACAGUAUGUAAUAACUAAACAUUCAUUUUCAACUUAAAAAUUUCUAAAAAUUAUGCCAUUUUUUAGAAUUGCUGUCCUCCAAGUAUUUUCAAAUAUAAAAUCCUGAGAUGUGGCUCUCAAAGGCUAUAUAAACUUGAUAUUUUGUAUGUUAUUCUUAGUGAAAAGUAUAACACCAGUCUGGCAACAUCUGAAAAUAGUUUCUAGUCAUACAUUCCUCAAUAUUCUUUUAACAACUUUUUUCCAAACCUUCAGUGGAAGAACACAUUAAUCCCAUUUUACUAUUUGACCUUAUUCAACACUAUCAUUGAGUACUAGUAACUUGUGAUCAAAGGAAAAACUCCCUUGUAACAUUUCCUUACUAAAGCAAGAUCUCAUUAAAUCUUUCUUUCCUAAAUAUCAUUCUAUAUCAGAGAUAUUUUUUAAAUGGUUAGGAUUAAGCCAAUCAUGGAUAGCUAUGACACGAGUGAUUCUGAUUCUUAUUUUGCAAUUUAGGGUUGUAUGAUUUUUUUCUCCAAUUAUAACAUAGUCUUAUUGUCAAAAUAAAAGAUGUAAUAUUUUUUAUUAUUGUUGAAUCAAUAAAUACCAAUUUAUGAAACAUGAACAUGUUUAAACUGCAGUAAAUAAAUGAUAUGUGCUUUAA